AUGGGAAUGAGUCGAUCACUUGAGACUAGCUCUCUUAAGAGGAAAAGACCUGAGGUAGAUCCAUUGGGUCUUGUAGAUGCUGAGCGUGCAAUCCUUAAUGCAAUCAAAAGUAAAAAAGAUUUGGGGAUUUGGGUACGAGAUAUCAAACACGAGACAAAGCUCACUGAUCAUGUCGUCAACAAAUCGCUCAAGUCAUUGUUGACUAGGAAAUUGAUAAAAGAGGUCGUAAAUAUCCAGUACAAAGGGAAAAAACACUACAUGGCAGUCGAGUUCGAACCCUCAAAGGAAAUUAGCGGAGGUGUAUGGUAUGUUGAUGGAAAUCUCGACAAAGAACUCAUUAAUGUAUUGAAACAGUUGUGCUUACGGUGUAUACGUGUUCAAAAGGUUGCUACUAUCGAGAGAGUUCAUGAGGAUUUGAAGAAGCAACGAGUGACAAUGAAAUAA